UCUCUGUCUCUGUCAACCUCUCUCCCCCUUACUCUCUUAGCCCCCCUCCCUCUCUCUCUCUCUCUCUCUCUCUCUCAAAAAGUAACACCCUCCUUGUUAUGUGCUAUGAGUCUGAGAUCCCAAAAGGAGGAUCCGGAGCAGUAGGUGACCAUUAGCUUACUGCAGGAGAGGAGACAAGCAAAGGAGAUACAGAUAUCCCUCCACCAUGGAUCUGGUCGAGGACUACGAUUACUAUGACAACCUAACCCUGAACUACAGCUAUGAGGACUACCACACUGUGUGUGAGAAGGCUGACGUGCGCUCCUUCGCUGGACUCUUCCUCCCUGUGAUGUACUCAGUCUGUGUGGCAGUUGGGCUAGCCGGGAACUCCCUGGUGCUAUCUGUCUACGCCUACCAUAAACGUCUGAGGAGGACCAUGAUGGACGCCUUCCUAGUCCACCUGGCCGUAGCCGACCUCCUCCUCCUCCUAACCCUGCCCUUUUGGGCUGCAGACGCGGCGCGGGGCUGGGAGCUGGGCCUGCCUCUCUGUAAGCUAGUCUCUGCCUGCUACACCAUCAACUUCACCUGCUGCAUGCUGCUGCUUGCCUGUGUUAGCAUGGACCGCUACCUAGCAUCUAUUAGAGCGGAGGGAAGGAACCAGGGAAGGUUAGGCAGGGUCUUCACCCGGGCUCACUAUGGAAAGUUCUGCCUGGGGGUGUGGGCUGUGGCUUUCCUCCUGGGUCUUCCAGACCUGCUGUUCUCCACGGUGAGCAAGACCUCCGGGAGAAGGGUCUGUUUGGCUGUCUACCCGCCCAGUCUGGCCCAGGAGGUCAAGGCCUGCCUAGAGAUGGUAGAGGUGCUGUUGGGAUUCCUGGUGCCGCUCCUGGUGAUGGCGUGGUGUUACUUUAACGUUGGGCGUGCAUUGGGGCGACUCCCAGUGGAGAGUAGGGGGAGGAGGCUGAGCGCUAUCCGGGUGUUACUGGUCGUGGUGGGGGUGUUCGUGGUCACCCAGCUGCCCUACAACGCUGUGAAGAUAUGCCGGGCGAUGGACUCUACCUACACGCUGGUGACCCACUGCGGUGUGAGUAAGGCCCUGGACCGGGCGGCGCAGGUCACUGAGAGCCUGGCUCUGACCCACUGCUGUCUCAACCCACUACUCUACGCCUUCCUAGGGUCCUCCUUUAGAAAACAUGUACUGAAAGCAGCCAAGGCAUUUGGAGGAAGGACAAGGAGAAGGGAAGAGCAAGCUGUGGAGAUGUCCUUCAACAACUCUCAUGCCGCCUCACAGGAGACGAGUGCCUUCUCCAUAUGAGAGAGAGACAGAUAGAGGGAGUGA